GGUUUAAACUUUUUAAAUUCUAUGGUGUAAUACAAUUUUGUGGUGGAUUCUUUCUUUUUUGUGAUGACAAUGGCGGAAAAGUGUUUGUUUUUUUUAAUAUUUGCCGUAAUGGCGGCCGUUAUGGAUGGCCAGACCUUGGGAGGCCCCAUGCAUGGCAGAGUGGUGGUCUGCUACGUGGGCACGUGGGCGGUAUACCGGCCGAGUGCGGGGAAGUUCGACCUGGCCGACAUCGAGCCUUCGCUCUGCACGCACCUCGUGUACUCCUUCGCUGGCCUGGAUGAGAGUACACACAGCAUUAAGAGCCUCGAUGCCUGGCAAGAUCUAGAGAAGGAUUACGGCAAGGCGGGCUACAAGCGGCUAGUAUCUCUCAAAGAUAGAUAUCCACAUUUGAAGGUGACCAUAGCUAUCGGGGGAUGGAAUGAAGGGUCAGAGAAAUAUUCCAGGAUGGCCGCCAACCCGGUGACAAGAGCGAAGUUCGUCCAGAGUGCACUGCAAUUUUUGAUCACAUACAAGUUUGACGGUCUCGAUUUGGACUGGGAGUAUCCUACUAAACGAGGCGGUACUCCGGAGGAUAGGAAUAACUACGUUGCAAUGGUUAAGGAACUAAAAGACGCCUUCGAGCCUUACGGUUACAUCCUAACAGCAGCGUUAGGUGCUGGCAAAGAGACAAUGGACACAGCAUACGAUUUGGCCAGACUGAGUCGAUACUUGGACUUCAUACACAUGAUGUGCUACGACUACCACGGGACCUGGGACCAGGUUGUUGGGGCCAAUGCUCCUUUGAGGGGGACUAAUGAAUCAGACUUUCUAAGUGUGGAGUACACAAUAAAAUACCUAUUGUCUCAUGGUGUGAGCCCCUACAAGAUGGUUCUCGGCCUGCCCAUCUACGGUCGCGCCUUCCUCCUGACCAACCCUGCAGUCAAGGAAAUCCAGUUCGGUCUGACGCCCGCAAAGAACGUUGGUUUCGCUGGACCUUAUACAAGAGAAGCUGGAUUCCUUGGGUAUAAUGAGAUAUGUGAAGGAAUAACAAAUAAAUCAUCAAAAUGGACAUAUAAUUGGGAUGAACAAGCGGCCUCGCCUUACCUUAGGGAUGGUGAACGAGUCAUCGUGUACGACAAUCCCAGAUCUAUCGCAAUCAAAGUCAAAAUGGCCAUAGACUACGGCCUUGGAGGACUCAUGGUAUGGAGCAUAGACACGGACGAUUUCAGGGGCUCGUGCGAUCCUGAAAACGACACAUAUAUAGACUUCGUUGAUCGAUAUAAUAAAAUAGUCGACGAUGCGAUACUUCAAGAGGCAUUGAAAAACCUUAAAUUGCCCGAUGCUAACCGCAUAGAAAAUCUAAGCAGAAGAACUGCCUAUGCAGUAGCGAAUAACAAACUCCAUCUACGUUUAGCAGAACCAGAGUUCUCUAACUAUCCUCUUAUGAGAACUAUCAACGAAGCAACUACAUUGGCGUUAGAAGAAAAGAGAAUACUCGAUGAGAUGGCGGCAGUCGUGAAGCAGAACGAGAUAGGAGAUAAACCGGAAGAUAAAGACGAUGAAGGUUCCUCUAGUGCUGUGGUUGCAAAUCUGUUGCUUGUUUUAUGUUCAGUCUUUAGUUAUAAAUUGUUUUAAGUGGGCUCAUAUUUGGACAUUUUUGUGUAGUUGCCAAAUUGCCUGAAAAGGCAGAUAACUUUAAAUUUUAUUGCUGGCCAUCUUAGUGAUACGUAUAGCCCAGCAAUAAGGAUUGCAAGGCAAUAUUUCAUUUUAAUAUUUGCAGCAAGAUGCAAUUUCUCAAGGGAACUUUUAUUAGAGAUUAGAAAAUGUGUAGGUAUUUGGGUCAAAUAUUCCUCAUAGUACCAUUAUCAACGAAUAAUCGAAUAGACUCAAUUGCACCGCUCGGCAGGAGAGGUUACUCUCCCCGGGAAACACAAAAUGACAAAAUGUUAUGCUCUCCUUCAGCUUUCUCUUCAAGCAUUAUUGACGUACAAGUGGAAAUAAUAUUCAAAUAAUUUACGUGUAAUAUUAAAUGGGGGUAAACUACGUUCUCCCCACAGAAUUUAGCAUAUAAAGAAACCGUGUACACGAUUAAUAUUGAAGCAUCAAAAACCACUUCACUUUAGUAGUGUUUAUCGAACAGGCAGUUUCUCAUUCUAUUUAGCAGUUGACAGUUAUUAUUUUACCUCUAAUGUUUUAAACGCUUCCCAUCCAAUUGGGGAAAAUGGGAAAAGUUUGUAAGCUGUCAACAUUCCGCGGGUGUGAAGUGAAACGUGCGCGAUGCAUUUCACUGCUUUCGGACACAAUACACUGCAUGCAGUAUUUACUGAAUGAGGGUUCUGUAUGUUCUUCAUUCUGUGGUUCUCCCAUAUUCCCUGUUGCCGUGCUUUGGCAGGUUGACACGUAAAUUGUAUCCCCCGCUUGUUAGGGAAUAUAAUCGGGGGAUAUAAUUUCACCGCCUGUACUAGCCGUGCUGGCGUUAAUAGAGAAUAGAAUAAUGAAUGACUGCAGUUUCUAAUUUCGAAUGCGAAACCUUUUUUAACGCCCGCAAGUUAAAAACAAAAUCAAUCUAUCCCAAAAUCUUCGGAUGACGUAUUGAAUUCAGUAUCCUUAUCGUUUUUUUUUAUUCUUCUCUAUAGUUAAGGAUAGCACUCCUUAAUUCAAUCUGCCAUUCUGAAAUUUGGGAUUAGAUUAAUUAUUUAUUAAAGUGUAAGACAUUGCGUGUGAUAAUAUAUACUACGUCUAUAAACAACGUUCUAAAGCAAGGCUUUGCAGUCCACAGGGUUGCAAACGACAACAAGUCUAUCAGUGAACUGCGUUUGCUUUAACAAUUAUUCACGUCACGUCAUAAGCUCUUAUUUAACAUGUAUUACGGUGUACCGUGUACAGCACCAUUCCAUUUAACCGUAUGAAAUGUUACUGAUACUAAAGAUCUUGAUGACUCACUGACUGAGUGACUGACUGAUCACCAUCCAGCUGAAAUCUUUGGAUCUAAAAAGCUGGUUCCGAAUCUAAAGAGAGACAUCAAAUUUCAUUUUCCAGUUACUUACGUUAUGAUUUAUAGAAUAGGGGCAACAACAAUAAUAAAUAGUUUUCAUCUGUACCUAACUAAAGACAAUUUUGGACAAAGAAAUAGAUCUUUGCUAUCCAAAAUGUAUCUUAUCAUACAUAAAAAAGAUACAUUUGGGAUAAACGAUGAGAGGUCACCGCAUCACGUAAAUGUUAAUGUUUAAUUAUAGAAGUUAUGUACAUACAGAUCAAGGAGAUUGAAAAUACUCUCUAUUGUGAUAAUUUUGAUUAUAAUUUUUUGAUAAUAAAUAUGUUUUUAAUGA